AUGGCGGAUUCAAAGCGAACAUCUGAACCCAUUAACUUCGUGCAUCAGGACGAAAUCUGUGUGUGUGUGUGUGUGUGCAGGAAAGCACAUGUAAAAGUUGAGAAGGAUUCGGCUGAAGUCUGGCCCAAAAAGUGGGGUUUCCUGAACGAAGUCUACAAGGAGUACGAGAGGGAGAGUGUGAAGCUGAAGAAAGCUGUCAGAGUGGAGCUUCCCCACCAUCUGGUCCCACAACCUGCAAACCCUCCAGAAAAAUACAUCCCUGUUGCUCCCUCCCCUCCAGUUCCUCAGACAACGCAGGCCCUGAUUGGUUGGCGUUCGGGUCAGUCACACCUUCAACUGGAAAAGUUCGGCACGGUGCAUUAUGGGAGGCGCAGUUUUCUGAAGGAGCUGGACUGGCCUCUUGAUGCUUGUAGCUGA